UCUUACAUGCGGUUCAUUGUACUCAUAUUAUUGAUUCAAUCGUGUACUUUGGCUCGCAAGGUAAAAAGAAAAGGUCAUUAUGUGUUAACACAUCCACAUCCUCCCUCACCGCCUACCACCCCGGCUCCUGAGCCACCUUAUCACUUUGAAGAAGUACAUUUAGAUGAAUUUCCACCCCAAAACUUUGGAAAUGAACGUUUUGGUCAACAGGAAACCUACGAACCACAUGAUCAUUAUGGUCAGCAAACCAUAAUUAGUGGCACUUAUCUUAUAGACAAUGGAUUGCGUAGUAUAGCUAAAGGAUCAGCUGAUCAAGCAAAUUCUGCGGUGGCCUCACAAAAUGCAGCUGGCAAACAAGCAGCUUAUGUAGCGAAGAAUUCGCUGGCCCAGGCUGCAACUCAAGCGGCCGGUACAGCUGUAGCUGUACUUAAGGGCAAAGAAGUUCUAUUACAACGUUUAGAGGAACAAAAUGUUGAGGCACACAAGGCCAUGCAAGGUGAACUGCAGCAGCUGCAACAGGCCAAACGUUCAGCUAAAGCAGCACAAUUUGCCGCACAACAAGCUCUCAAUCAUGUUUCCAUCUUAACGGCAGCUCUUAACAAUGCACAAUCGGCAUCAGAGUUAGCACAAAAAUCCGCCUCAGAAGCAGCCGCUGAAUUGGCCUCACAAAUCGAUAUGGUUGCACAAGCCAAAACAAAAUUGGAACAAAUAGACACACAAUUGUAUACGGCGCGCUUAGAUUAUGAGGAAACAAAAGAUGCGGCUGAAAAAGCAACACUAUCGGCACAAGAGGCACAACUCAAUGCCAACGAUGCUGCAUUGCAUGCGAAUGUUGAAUUACAAAAUGAAUCACAUGGUGGCGAUGGUUCGUCUCUACAUGUGCAUUUGCCAGACGCUAACGAUCAUGAUCAUCAUCAUUAUCAUCAUGAGGAGCAUUCAAUUGUUAAGAGACGUUUUAAAAAUAAUAAUGAGAAGGUUAAAAAGCCAUAA